UUUGAAAUAGCGCAUUAUAGCUUAAACGUGCGUGCUUUACACUCUGUCAGCUUACUAACCUGACUGUGAAAGUGUUUCCAGCUGCACAUCGUCAGGUUUAGUAGGUUUUAACCGCAAAGUGACAUUGCAGGGAGGUGUGUUGCCGCGGAGCGAUACGUUGGAAACGGGAAGCCGCGUGCGACCGAUAGGUUUUCGCUUUAGUGUGUCCGCCGUUUGUGGAACCGAGUGUGCACAGGCCGGAUACCCCCGAUUGCGAGCUCAGUCUCCGAAAUCCACAUUCAUCCGCAAUGGCUGACCAACUCACAGAGGAACAGAUUGCGGAAUUCAAAGAGGCGUUCUCGCUGUUCGACAAGGAUGGUGACGGCACAAUCACGACCAAGGAGCUUGGGACGGUGAUGAGGUCACUGGGCCAGAACCCAACGGAAGCGGAGCUUCAGGACAUGAUCAACGAAGUCGACGCCGACGGUAAUGGGACAAUUGACUUCCCUGAGUUCCUGACCAUGAUGGCGCGCAAAAUGAAGGACACAGACAGUGAGGAGGAGAUCCGCGAAGCGUUCCGGGUCUUCGACAAGGACGGCAACGGGUUCAUCUCGGCGGCCGAGCUACGCCACGUCAUGACCAACCUGGGCGAGAAGCUCACCGACGAGGAGGUGGACGAGAUGAUCCGCGAGGCCGACAUCGACGGUGACGGACAGGUCAACUAUGAAGAGUUUGUAACGAUGAUGACUUCGAAGUGAAGAGGCUUUCCUGGGGGGUAACGUUGAGGGGGAAAAGAACUACGGAGAGGUCCUGUUGUAACGCGAGGCUGACGACGAAAAAAAAAAAAAGACGUGCGGAGGCUUUUCCCCUCGCGGAAGUCCUGCCGUCACCCCCACUUGUAAUUAAUGCCGACGACAAGAGGAACAGAAAAAAAAAAGUAUAUAUAAAUUUUGUCGCCCUUUUUUACCCGGUUUAUUUUAAUUUCUUUCGUAUUUUUCACUCCUUUAUUUUUUUUCAACCUCUUCUCUCCCCCUUCCUUGUUUCACAUCUCGCGUAAACAACCUGUUUGUGAAGAGCUGAAAAAAAAUGCUGCAUAGCUGCAACCUUAUCAUCAACCCCUCUCCCCUUCCUGCCUCGGUACACCCCCCCCCCUUUAUGAUAGGUCUGCCUUACAUCAAUUAAUGUGUCUUUUGGCAAAGUCUGCUGCGGGAAGGUGUUUGCGAGGGUGUUGGCUUUCCACCGAAACAGCCGGUUUGAUACUGAAAUACUGAGGGGAGGGGCGCAGCGGUGACUGUGAACAGCUGACCUCUCUUCCAAAUGCUUCACUUUCCAACCCCCCCUCCGGCACGCCCGCUACCCCCACUCUGUCGUUCUCUCUCUCGCCGUCUAUGGUGGGUUGUACAUCUAUGGCUCUCGAGAAGAAAAACACUAUGUACUAUAGAGAAAUGUGAUUGCUGGUGUGAGGUGGUGAAGUUUAAAGACCCUCCCCUCCUAAAUCCCACCCCUUGCCUGUCCCACGGCCCAACCUUUUUCUCGAGAUCUUGCUUGGGGGUUUUACGGGGAUGGUGGGUUUGGGAUGAGUUUGGUGAAGGCUCGGAUUUGGAUUUGGGGCUUAGACUUUCGAUCCUCCACAGUUUAUUCAUUGUUGCUAGAACUCUUUUCCCAGUCUUUUUUUUUUUUCUUUGGCUUUUUUACCUGUAAUGUUGGCACUGCGGCCUUCCUGCAGGUAUUUACCGGUCCCACUUUGCUUGUAUAGAACUUUCUUAGUUGUGCAAAAAGCUCCCGGUGGUUUGUGCCCUCCUCCCCACAACAAGCAUCGUGCCUCUCUCUCUCGCCUCUGGCAUGAUGCCUGCUUCUCCUUGUGAGGGAGAAACUAAUUUCGUUUGUCCAUCUUGCACCACUUAAUCGCAUUUGGCAUCGUAGGUGUGUGUGUGAGUGUGUGUGCCAAGACUGAUGCCUGAUUGUGUGUGAUGUUAAAAAGGAUGCAGUUGAGGUCGAAGGGUAGGUGGCGCAGUUUUUGCUAAAGCUGGCACCAGUUUGAGGUUAUAAGGCAUUCGAUGCCAUACUCUAGAACUAACGUGUUGGACUGCACGCUUCCUUCUUGGUUAGGCAUGGUCUCGUUUCUUGCACUUUUUUUUUUUUUUUGGCAUGGGUGGCAUUUUGACAAAUUCUUGUUCAGAGGACUUGAACAUCGCUUGUGCACUUCUCACGUCACAUUUGAGAGGUUCUUUUUCUUGCUUGGGCUUUCGCUGCGUUUCAGUUUUUUCUUCCGUGCGUUGCGUCACCGAUCUGUUAGACCCUGAACAGGACACCGUGCUGAUAAUGUUUGUGCGGGGGAUUAAAGAUGCUUUGGCAAGGUCUUUGUCUCCUAGGGCCGGCACCGAUCGCGUGAUUCUCGAGAAUUGCAUUUGUGGUUGUCGUCUCGUUGCUUUUAAUCACCCGUUUGUCCAGACGUGUUAAUUUAUUGUCAAAUUCACAUUCUGUCGCAUUUAAAACCUCUCCUCUCAUCCUCUUUCUUUUUUUUUUGCUGCUGUUUUAAGAGCAGGUAACAGUCUGAUGAGUCCUGUUUAGCUGCCCCCCUUUUCUGUUAAAAAAAAAGGGGGGGGCUGGGCAGUUUUUUGGCAAGCAUGUUUGGCUUGCUUCACCCCCCUCUGCUGUUUUGUGCACUUUUUUGUGACUGGAAUUGUGUAGGCUGAGGUCUUAUGAUGAGAAUAAAAAAGAACAUUCCAUGAUUUUUUCAGGUUGUUGGAGAUGGGGGUUGGCAUCACAAUUCUUUUUUUCCCCUUGGGGUGCAUGUCUGCUUGUGAUCACCAUUUCUCGAUUAGAAUUUUUAGUCGAUAACUCCUUCCCCCACAGCAUCGGUAAUGAUGCCGGUAUUACGUAGACGUGGAGUUUUUUGUCUCGUCGCAGGUUUCCUACGUCUCGUGGACUGCUUUUCCGGUGGCUUUUGGCAGGUGUUGCUCCGGCGGCAUUCCCGCCGGAACUCGCUCCCAACCACGCUAGUACUUGCCAGCAGGCAACAUUUUUCCAACUGCGGCGUCAUCGACGUCGCCAAAGUCCCAGAAUUCUCUUGCUCCACCUCUCAAAAGUAAUAUCGCGGUGAUGCAUGCCUCGUGCGCAUAUCGUUGCCAAGCGCGUGGUGAUCGUGUGUGGCUUCUCGACAUUUAGGUUUUCAUCUCGUCAGUGCGUCGUCCAUGCGUGGGGUGAAAGACGUGGGGUCUCCUUUUUUUUUUUUCCCCCAGUGUCUUUGGAGGCCUCGUCGUGGCAAAAAAAACUGCUUCCACCUUUUAAGUAGGUCGUCUAGACACUGAAGAAAACUCUUCGCUUAUUUCGAAACGCUUUCUCCAGGGCCUUUUUCUCUCACUCCAUCGAUUUCCUGAAGUCCCAUUUUCGAGAGAUUAUUUCACCCGACACACACACUUUAAUCGUACUACUACCUUUCCUCUUACCUGGUUAACUGCGCCCUCUGUCGAAAGUCUUCGAAGAUCUCUCAUAUCCAGUCGCCUUGGUUAGUUCGUGUGCUUGGUGCUCCGAUAACACAUACCCUCUCCUGUUUUCCCGAAUGAACUUAUACAUUGCGCACUUGGAGAUAAAAAAUAUAUAUAUACGUUAAAAAUGCGGACACCCACAGGAUAUAUGAUGCAUUGUAAUUUCAAGCGAUGGUUGCUAAAUGCGAGGUUAUAAAAGGGGAACGAAUAAAAAAAAAAGGCUUGGCAAAGUGCGGUGUACUCUGAGAGCGGAAGAGUUUUUCAAUAAACAAUGCUUCACCUUU